AUGUCAUUACCACCACCACCGUUCACAGGACCACCGGGGCUGCAACCGCUGCCUCCUGGUUGGUCGCAACAUUUGGCUCCCGGGGGUCAGUCGUAUUAUUACAAUGCUAUCACCAAAGAGUCCACGUACGUCCGGCCGUUACCCAUUCCUUCGCAAGCCGAGACCUCAAAAAAGCAGAAGAAAGAGAAGCCUCUGGUUAAGACACCAAUACCGGGAACCGACUGGAUACGUGUGAAGACGACGGAGGGGAACAUUUUUUAUACUAACAAAACGGAUAAAAAGAGCGUAUGGACCGUUCCAGAUGAUAUUAAAGAUGCCGUGGCUGCGCUUGAAUUGGAGGAUAAGGAAGGAGAGGAAGGAAGAACUAGAGAAGCAGAAUCCGUAGCGAAGACGGAAGAGCAGGAACGGCUGCGGGAGGUUGAAAGGAUCAAGUCGGAGGUCGCGGGGAUGGUGAAGCGUAAAGCUGAGAGCCCGGAACCUAUGGAUGAAAUUGUCAUAUCGAAGAAGCCCAGAGUCCAGGAUGAGGAAGAUGAAGACGAGGACGAAAGUGAGGAAGAGGAUUGGCAGAGGGAAGCUGCAGCACAGUUGGCGGCUGAAGCUGAGGAAGAGAGGAAGAGGGCGGAGGAAGAGGCUACUCGUAUGAGAGAUGAAGCAGAAGCAGAGGCGAAGAAAGCCAAGGAACAACCACAGAUCGUUAUGCCCGAACGUGUGGAUUUAUCUCUUGACGAAGCUAAGGCGCUAUUCAAGACACUCCUCCGCGAAAAGAAUAUAAAUCCUUUACACCCUUGGGACACCUGCCUCCCUUUGUUCGUGUCUGACCCUCGAUAUGUGCUUUUGCCAUCAGUUUCGGCGCGUCGGGAAGCCUUCGACGAGUAUUGCAGGGAUCGCGCGCGCGAACUUCGGCAGUCUCAUGUUAGGAAGGAGAAGGAGGAUCCCAUGGCAGAAUUCAACGCGCUUCUUGUCGAAGAGGUGAAGAGCACAAGAACUAGUUGGGGGGAAUUCCGCAGAAAUUGGAAGAAGGACCGGCGCUUUUAUGGAUGGGGGAGAGAUGACAAGGAAAGGGAGAAGCGGUUUCGUGAAUACAUCAAGGAUCUGGGUGAAAAGAAGCGUGCCGCUGCACAGAAAGCCGAGGCAGAUUUCUUCGUCUUAUUGAAGGAACACGGAGGUAUUACAGAGCAAUCCGUCUGGAAAGAGGUAAAAAAGAAACUUGUUCAGGAUAAAAGAUACGACGCUGUUGGGUCUUCGUCCUUGCGAGAGGGACUCUUCAACACAUACCUGAAAGCUGGCAAGUGGAACUCGGGUUCGGGAAGCACCACAGGUGACCUAGUUGCGGGGGACGAUGACAAACUAGAAGAUGAGGUAGACGCUGCAAGAAAGCGGAAAGAGCGAAAGGAGAAAGCGGUGAAAGAACGGGAAGAGAAAGUCAGAACUGAACGAGGGCGCGUAGAAGCUGAGAUCGGUCGUUCCAGGAUGGGGCUAUCGAAGGAAGAAGGCGAACGUGAAUACAUCUCGAUGCUCGUUGACGCUAUCAGGGACCCGACGGUUUCUUGGGAUUCUGUCCUUCCUCAGCUCAAAACAGACCCUCGCUUCCUUAAUUCGCCAUUACCUCUAAACCAACAGCUCCUCCUCUUCCAUCAGCAUAUUGAGCGGCUUGCAAGCAAAUAUACGACCGGUCUACACGACUUAUUUCGGACUCACGCGCCAACAUUGGCCACAAAAUUCACCGCCCUGCCUGUCUCUGAGAUACUAACCACCCUCCCAGCGGUAAAAUUAGGGCUAAGCAUCGAUUCCUUAGAGCAGGAGUUCCAAAGGUGGCAACGCGAUCGGACGGCAGAAGCGCGGCGGGACUUCGAUGAGAUGAUGGCAGAGAACUCAUUCGUCGAGUUUUGGGGCCGCCUAGGAAAAAUUGGUGGCGAGGGUGUGGAUGGGGGUGUUAAAGCAGAUGAAAUUGGUGAAGAUGAGGGUGAAGCUUUCGGUGGCAAGGUGGAUAUGAAAGUAUUGGCAAAGAACAUCGACGUCAGUGACAUAGAGAAGGUGUUGCGAAACGACAAACGAUAUAUGAUGUUUGAUCAUGUGCCAGAACAGCGUGUGCAGUGGGUCAGGGAGUACCUAGCAAACUUAUCAGCUCCAAAAUUAUCCGUACACGCAGGUUGA